AUGGAUCAGCUGUUAGCAGACACCAACACAUACGAGAAGACACAGAGAGAUCCGACCAGUGCGUUCCAAACGAAGAACAACGGCAUUGUACGGCGCCUCGAAAAUUUGGGUCUACUGGAUGCAGCAACAGCGAGACGAUUGCGUACCUACAAAGCAGUGUGCCCGAGAAUAUACGGACAGCCAAAAACACACAAACCCGGGCUGCCGUUACGGCCGGUGGUGCCGUGUAUGACGUCUCCAUCGUACGAACUAUCAAAAUUCGUAGGAGCGAUCAUACAACGCUCGUUGCACAGUAAGUACAACAUCUCGGACUCGUUUAAGUUUUGCGAGUUGGUGAACACGGUUACCCUACCGGAGGGACACGUCAUGGUAUCGUUUGAUGUCGUCUCUUUGUUCACAUGUAUUCCGCAAACACUAGUGCGAAAGAGCAUCAUAAAACACUGGGAUGAAAUUGGUACACACACCGACAUUUGUCUCGACCUAUUUCUGGAGGUUACAGCCUUUUGCAUAGAAUGUAGCUAUUUUUCGUUCAAUGGCUCUUUCUAUAAGCAAAAAUUUGGCACGGCUAUGGGGAACCCCCUCUCUCCGAUGAUAGCCGACCUGGUCAUGGAAGAUAUUCUAGAUCAGGCAGUAGAAGCUGUACCAAUUCCAAUCCCAUACCUAAAAAAGUAUGUGGAUGAUUUAUUCCUAGCUCUCCCUGGGGAUAAAAUAGAAAUGGUUCAGGAAAUUUUCAACAGCCAAGACGAAAAUCUCCAGUUUACAGUCGAACGAGAGCAGAACAAUCGGUUACCGUUUCUUGAUAUGGUUAUGACAAGAAACCAGAACCAAACCAUAACAACCGAAUGGUAUAUGAAGCCUAUAUCGUCGGGGCGGUUUCUAAACUAUCGAUCGCUGCACUCGUUUUACCAAAAAAUGAAUGUAGCUUUCAAUUUCGCCAAACGGGUGUACACGUUUACGACGAACCAUCGAGAAGAAGAAGUUGAAAGCGUAAUUCGUCGGCAACUCCUGGUUAACGAUUAUCCGAAUACGUUGAUCAGCCGAGUAAUCAAUAGGGUGAAACUACACAGACAACAAGUGGAUACAGCUAUGGAAGCGAACGAAAACAGACCAGAUGAGGGAGAAACUGUUUUUCGUUCGCUCACCAAAAUCGAUGGACUCUCACAACAGAUAAUCAAAACACUGAGAAGGGAAUAUCCAACACGAAUUGCCACCACAAACACGGUUGGCGCGAUACUACCACAGAUUAAGGACAAGACACCCAAUGACGAACAGAGUAAUAUAAUAUACAAAAUCAACUGCGACAACUGUGAUGGCUGCUACAUUGGGAUGACAACGACGAAGCUGAAAACGCGCAUAUCGGGACAUCGCUCAACGUACGCAGACUGACGACACUGAGAGAAGCAGGACACACCAAUGCAGACGCAGCGAUUAUUAGUAUUAGGGAAAAGACAGCGCUAGUAGACCACGCAGCAGAAAAUGACCAUGUUUUCAGACUUAACGAUGUGAAGAUAUUAGAUAGGACACAAAAACCAUCAAAUCUUCCCAUCUUGGAAAGUUGUCACAUAUACAACACGCCACACACGGUAAACAAACGUACUGACACAGACAAUCUGAACGUAGUCUACGCUGGUCUACUCCACUCUAUCAUGAACGUAAAAAGAACAAAAUCAAACAACCAAAACAGACCGAAUGUAAACAUGACACAAACUGACGACACUGACACGACUGAAACCGAACACACAACGCACGAAUAGAACAAACUAAAACUGUCAUUUUGAAAAUUGUACGUAAAGGUAGUGGAUAGCGGUCCGGUUUCCGACCAACGGAAAAAAAAAUAUCUUUUUGAAUUUGAAGGUUUUUCGGAACAGAAAAAACGGACAAAUUGUAAGUAGACAGUGACAUUAAGGUAUUCCUUAAUUGACAAUAACCUUUUAUAGCAAAAAACAACAAAUGACGGUUAAAAGUUUUAAAAAACUACCACUGGACGAAAAAGCAACAAUUUCAUUCGAUUCCCUGAGGAAGAUCCAAUAAGGAUCGAAACGUUGGAAGAAGAAAACAUUUAGUUGUUUUUGACCCCGAAAAGACUGAAACGCCAAAACUAUUCGAAAGUCUUCAAAACAGUCGUCGUCAAUAUAGUAAAUAUCCACCAUGGCGGGGUUUUAUCAGAGCAUAAACGACGAAUUCGGACCCGAAGUAAGAGCCACA